GCCUGUGUCUUUUGUCAUCCACGGUGCUCCGUGAAUAAGAGUCCUGUUCAAGUGUCAACAGAUUGAGCAACCAAGACUUCAAAAUGAGGAUGCUAUAUACUCUAUUACUUGUUCUACAAGCCUCUCAAUCAAUCCUCUCUGCUGAGGUCUAUGAGGAUGAUUCUAUCACCUUGGUGUUUCAAGAGACAAUGGAUGAAACCAGUGUAUACACUAUCCUCUUCAAUGAGGUAACCAUCUUUGACAAUGGCUCUCCUGCAGAAGGGGCGCUUCCUGAAGAACAGCUAGGCAGAAUGGAUAUUCUGGAAUCCUUAUCUGGGAACACUAUCAGUGUCAAUCUUACCAUACAGAAUGCAGAUAGAUCAGAUGCUGGGACAUAUUCCCUGCGCAUCAAUCCUGCAACUGACUCUUUCAUGGAGGAGAACAUUGACUUGCAGGUGAUCUUCCCACCAUCGGAUCUAGAGUGUGCCGUUCUCAAUGAUACCCUCUCCUGCAAUGCUACGCCAGGGUAUCCUCGGGAUGGGAUCAUAAGCUGUUACCAAGGGAGUGAGAAGAUACAGGGUAUCCAACAGGACAAAGGUUCUGUGAUCAUUGCUGCUAGGUACAGAUUUUCACUUGAGGACACUUCAAUUGGCUGCUGCACAGAGAACAGUGCCUUUGUCUUUACAUCAGGAAACUGUAAUCAGUUCACAUGGUUCACUCCUCAAAGAGUACAAGCUACCACAUCCAACCUCCCACCGCAGAACGUAACAAGACAUGAACCUGGGAACAUGACGAGGGUGCCUACAACAACCGAUGUCCCAUUGGAAACUGACAUUCUUUACCCAGAGGGCUGGCUGACUGAAAACAGGGCAGUUAUUGGUUUUAUGUGUGGGAUUCUAUUUGUCCUCGUCAUAAUGUACCCAUUCGGAAUGACAUACCAUUUCAGGGUUUACAUGAAAGAACCGAAAAAGUAUGUUUCUGAUAGCAAAGGCAGAGGACACUUCACUUCCGUAUCCUCAGUAUAA